AUGUCAAACUUUACUUAUCGUUUAGAAAAAUCCAACCUUCUCUAUCUUGUGAACGAAAUUAAAAUAAUUAUAACCUGCAAGGCAUGGAAUAACAUUGCCAAACCGAGUGGUUAUUACAUCAUUUCGGAAAGACCCAUGCAUUAUUUCACGGAAUUAGGAUGGAUAUUUGGUUCAAAGAGGAUCAACGCAUUACGGAAGACAAGAUCCAGCAUUGACCGAAAUGAAACUCAAAUACAACCAUCAUCUUACAAGAAGGAGAAGCUAGAUUUUCCAAAAUAUUACCUAUUAAGGGGAACGACAUGGAAUUAUUCCAUUUUAUCUCAGCGGCAUUACUACUCCAUUCCCACAUCUGGAUGGCUUUGGCCAAUUGCCGACGAUGUAAAAUUCCGCCUUACCAAGCUUAUCGAACUUGGGUUUAAGCUCGAUGAUAAUAAAUCCAUAGCAGACGCCUUACAAAUUUUCGAAAUAAGUUGGAUAUUUACGGCGAUAUCUAAAAUCAAAGUGCGUAUUUCACGAGCAAAUUCUUAUGAGCAUGGAUCAGAGAUAGCAUCGAUAUGCUUCGUUGAUAUCCUUUCCACAGGAUGUCGAUCACCCGCUUCAUACAUCACUUCCGCUAAUAUCAAAUUUCACGUUAAAUACAAUUAA